AUGACAUGGGUACUCCAGGAAGAGUUUAGCGUCUUGUGGAUUUUGACGCCGACUCUGAGCUCAUGCUUCACUGAUAGACGACGACUGACGAGAAGUGCAAGGCGGGCUGCUGUAUCUUCCUGCGAAAUCACUCUGCGAGCGCAAUUGCAAGGCAUUGAUGACCUAGCGCUACGAUUCAUCCUUCCACCGACCGAUCAACCACCAACGCAAACUGAACUCUUUCUGACAAUGUCUUUCUUUCGCAUUACUCUUCACCGCUCGGCCAUUGGUCUUCCCGAGCGCACACGGGGAGUUCUCGCCGCUCUGGGUCUGCGCCGACGAAUGCAAACCGUCUUCCACCCUGUGCACCCGCAGUUUGCCGGUAUGAUUCUCAAGGUCAAGGAACUUGUUCGCGUGGAAGAGGUGGAUCGCGUCCUGAGCAAGAGAGAAGUCAAGGCUGCGCGGACACCAGAUGCUGGAUUCUACAUUGAGAAGGCUGUGCCAAGAAUGUGA